UGCACAAUAGAAAAACAUUAUUAUGUUGUUGGUAAGUUUUGUCCUGGUGUUUCGUUUUGUUUUAAAUUUCACGCUUCUGUCAUCCAUGAGAAAUAGGAGGAAACAUUGAUAUUGACAACUCUCUUACUUAACUCACAGAAGGGCAGGUAGAGAAAUGAGAGAAAUAGGCAGACCUGAAUAUUGAGAACUGUAUAUAUAUAUAUAUAAAUAUAUAUAUAUCUAUGUCUUCAGUGUCACAGAGGAAGCUACUGUAGUUAGAACACCAGUUUAAGUCUGAUGUCGUGGAAGUACAGAUGCAUCUUCCAGAGCAUUUAAUCCAAUGCUUGUGCUGGUGUGUCAGUACACGUGCAGGUGUUUGGAAAUGAUCAGUGUGUUUAAAAGCACCUAUCAUGUGCCAGUCUCAUGCUCUAGAUGUUACUUGCAAGCUAAGGGUAGCAGAAAUUUCAGAUGAUAAUUGCAAGAACUUGCCUGAAAAAUAAACAGAAAUUUACAAGAAGUCUGAUUCAGCUUAAAAUGAGGGAUGUUACUUUUCUGGCUGGUACCGUCUUGAUUUGCAGCAGUGCCUUGCAAAACUUGACGAGCCCGGUGUUAAUCACGCAGUGUGUCUGCUGACAUCAGCUUUCUUUGCAGCCAUGUGCUGCUCGCAGAAAGCAACACACUCACCCGGGCUCUGGCUGCACAAAGAACAAACUGGAAACAAUCACAUUGCUACUGUCUUUCUCAAGAUUCCCUUUGCCACAGAUUAAUACAAGUUGCUGUGCUGAGGGCUAAUGUUUCAGUGGUGCUCAUGUUCUUUUUUUGUGUUCAUCUGUCAUCUUUAAGCCAAAUUCUAAGAUUUAUAGGAAGGGAGUUCAGUGUUGUGAUAAUGGUGCUCAGAGCAAAGCAAAUAGUUGCAGCCAGAUACUUCUCUCUUUCCACAUUGAAACUGUUGUUCAGUUUGUUCUCUAGGGUUUCUUUUUGUUGUGGUUGGUAAAGGCUUUCAUCAAGCAGCUCUCUUCCUCUGAUUCUUAUUCGCAGUGAGUACAACUCACUGAAAAGCUUUUUCUCACCAAAUUUCAAGUUACUAUUCAGUUCUUUAUGCUUCAUGUCUCUUUUUCAGUAUUUUAAUUUAAUUUGGUUUCCUGGAGUCUGAAACAAUAUCCCUAGGCUUAGUGAACAGUAAGGUUUGUCAAACUGUUCCCACCUGAAUCCUGAAUCUUAAACAGUUGUUCAUCUGUUACCAGGAUCACACAAGUCUUCCCGGUUGGUUCUGAGAAAAAAAACCAAAACUAUUGACUCCCCUCACUCCCUUCUGUGUGGGCUUCUGCUUCUUCAUUUUUGAUGUCCACAUUUAUCUUUACAGUUUGUGUCCUCCUUCUACACAGACAGAAAAUAGUGAAAGGCACUUUGGAUCCCUCCCAAGUCGAUGCACAGCUCUGAUGUCCAUGCAAAUGAAGGUUUAAUUCUCCCUGUCAGUUCUUUUCCCUGCUACCAAGCUACCACAGUACAACCUGCUCCUUUUGGAGAAGCAUUAAAUAAUGAGCCAGUAGAAAGUUGACAUCCAUGGUCCCAGCAGUGGCUUGGUUGUGCAGGACAUCUUUAAAUAUCAUAGCGGAGGGCUCUGAGGAACAGGCUCCUCAUGCAGGUCUGGAGCUCCCUGCUUUCUGUGGCCUUCAGGGGAGUUAGAAAAUACCUUAGUUUAGGUAUCAGGCACACAGCAGUGUGAGGUGAAGGAAUUACCUGCAAAAACAGGAAGGGAAGGAAAGGGAGGAGAAGGGAAGGGAAAGCCAGGUCAUUAGAAACUGACCCUGGGAUUUUAUAGACCUGUUAAACCCCAGAGGAUGAUUUCUGUGGGGGAAAUGAUGGUGGUUUUUGCUUUUUGCUUGACAGUUGUGGACUGUGAAUGGCUUGGGACAUUCAGAGAAUAGAGAUGGUUGAUACCUAAAGUUUUUUAUGUAGCUAAAAGAUGCAAAAGAGAUCUGUGAUGCAAAAUAGGAGUUGUCAGCAUGUAGAAGGUCAACACUUCUACUGCUGUAAAUUUGGUACAGUUGGUUAAAUUCAAUUAUACUCUGCAGCACUGCAGCAGGUGACAAACUAAUCCAGAGCUUUAGUCUUUCUAUUAGAAGAGACUACGUGACCAAAGAUUACAAAAACUUUUUUCCUCUCCUGCCCAGUCCUUGCUUCCUUCCCAUGAAAUGUUUAGAAUAGCAGAACUGAACUCAAGAGUUGUCUUUGUGCUAAAUUUUAGGGCACCAAUAUAAUGGAAAUCAGCUAACAGCUAAAAUGUGUUUGUUUUCAAAAGUUUAUUUUUAAACAAAUAUGAGUUGAGGCUAUUCACUGUCUACCUCCAUUAUUGUAGAGUUUUUCUGAAAACUUCCUUGCUUUGUCUCAUUGUCUGCUUUUAAAGCUGUUACUUAUUUCCAAUAUUUUUUUCCUCUAGGCAGGGACAAAAGAAGCCAAGUGAAAAUCACUUAAUUCAUAGAGAGAUGGAUAGGUCAGCUCUUGGGGACUGCAUUCACAUAACUCAAAUAUUUUGUGUGGAAAUACAGGCAUCCCUUUUUGUGUAAAGGGUGCUGUUAUAGGAAAGUGCCUAUGACUUCUGGCUGUCCCAGCUGCCCCCCUUGCAUCUCUCAGGAUCAAGGGACACUCACCAGGCAUUGGAGUGAGUUACAGCUUAUAUUUAUAAGCUGAAACAAAUAACUUUGUAGCAUUUGUAACUGGGAUUGUUGUAUCUUCAAGGACAGUCAGAAUAUUAAAAUUGUAAAUCACUCCCAAAGGACCCAGGAUGUCAAAAUGUAUUUUACAUUAGAAGGCGAUGUUUUUGUUAUUUGAGGGCUCAAGGCUGCUGUCAGAUGUUAAUUAAUUGCAGGAGAUGGGUACUUCUCCACUGAGAUAACUUGUUUGCUUCUGAAGUUCCUCUGAGAAGAUUUUAAAAAGAAGAAAUGUCAUGUGAAGCCACCAUUUUUUCACAGUUGUGUUAACUGUUGCAGUGAUAUGUUGGCUGAAAACUUGCUUUGUUCUUUUCUGCAGGUGGUUGUCACAUGAAGGUACCUUUAUAGGAAGCUGACAGAUUUUUGCCAUCAUCUGUGCUGCCCUGCUUCUGCACCCAGCUGCCAGGAUGGUGUUUCGCAAGCCACCAGACGGAGGCUGGGGCUGGGUGAUUGUUGUCGUGUCCUUCUUCACCCAGUUCCUGUGCUAUGGAUCACCGCUGGCGGUGGGAGUCCUGUACCUAGAGUGGCUGGAUGCUUUUGGAGAAGGGAAAGGCAAGACUGCUUGGGUUGGAUCACUAGCCAAUGGAAUUGGAUUGCUUGCCAGUCCUGUCUGCAGUAUAUGUGUAUCAUCUUUUGGAGCAAGACCAGUAGCUAUCUUCAGUGGCUUUAUGGUGGCUGGGGGCCUCAUGAUGAGCAGUUUUGCACCUAACAUAUACUUCCUAUAUGUUUCAUAUGGGAUAGUUGUUGGUCUUGGAUGCGGCCUUUUGUAUACUGCAACAGUUACCAUCACGUGCCAGUAUUUUGACAAACGCAGAGGCCUUGCACUCGGUCUGAUUUCAACAGGCUCAAGUGUUGGACUCUUUAUAUAUGCAGCACUGCAGAGAGAGCUUAUUGAGCUGUAUGGACUGGAUGGGUGUCUGCUAAUAGUUGGUGCCCUGUCUCUAAAUAUAUUAGCAUGUGGCAGCCUAAUGAGACCUUUGGAAUCGUCCAGUUCUCCUCCACCAGAGAAAAUGUUUGUGGACAAAGUCCCAGAUCAAUAUUUUGUUUACCACGAAAAGGAAAAGACCGUGGAAGAAAACAUUAGCAUCCUUGAAAAGGGCUAUAUUGAUGAAAAAUCUGUGAACAAUGUGCCUGAUUGCAAACAGGAUAGCAUUUUGAAUAAGAGUGCAUUGAGUUCAAUAAAUGUAAAUGAGAAAGACACUUACAAAAAGAAAGUUGUAGAACAGACAAACUUCUGCAAGCAACUCGCCAAGAGGAAGUGGCAGCUCUAUUUGACCUACUGGAAGGAAACCAUGGUUCUUUUCAAGAACAAAGUAUUUUCAGCUCUCUUUGUUGCCAUCUUGCUCUUUGAUAUUGGUGGAUUUCCUCCUUCUCUGCUCAUGGAAGAUGUAGCAAGAAGUGCAAAUAUUAGUGAAGAUGACUAUUACAUGCCCCUUAUUUCCAUUAUUGGCAUUAUGACGACUGUUGGCAAACUUAUUUUAGGAAUCCUGGCAGAUUUCAAGUGGGUUAACACUUUAUAUCUCUAUGUAACUACCUUAUUAAUGACAGGAGUGGCCUUGUUUGCAAUUCCAUUUGCCAAAAGUUACCUUACAUUAGCGAUGCUUUCUGGGAUUUUGGGUUUUCUGACUGGGAACUGGUCAAUUUUUCCGUAUGUAACAACAAAGACUGUGGGGAUUGAGAAACUGACUCAUGCCUACGGGAUAUUGAUGUUCUUCGCUGGACUUGGGAACAGCCUCGGGCCACCAAUUGUAGGCUGGUUUUACGACUGGACGCAGGAGUACAACACUGCUUUCUACUUCAGUGGCUUUUGUGUCCUGCUGGGGGGAUUUCUCCUGCUGUUGGCAGCGCUGCCCUGCUGGAAUGCCUGCACCAAUCAGAGCUCCAAGCUGCCUCCAAAUACUUACUCCUACAAAGUUGCAUCUAACGCUUAGGUGACAACUGGAAAACACUUUGCGCCUUUUUAUAUUAUAUAGCAAAGUAUUUUAGUAUUUUCCACUUAUUUAUGAAGCCCACAAAUCCUCUUUCCACUAGAAAAAUUCCAUUGUUGCUUGUUGUUCAGUUUCUUCUACUAUUUCUUUUUUUUAAUAUCAUUUUUAAAAACAGUCUUAUUUUGUGUACUAUGCACCGUGUUUUCAGCCUUUGUCUACUGUAAUUUCCUUUCCCCUGUAAAGGGGAUGUUCUGCUGUAUUAUCAGCUGUACUUUUUUUAAGGGGGGUUGGUAUGGAGGGGUGAAAACUUUGAGGCAAAAAUGGAGGCCUGUUCUUUAUAAGAGAAGGCUGGUAUUUCUGCCUCCUUCCAUAGGUCUCCAAGUUGCACAAUUAGGCUUUACAAAACAAGAGUUUGCCUUAUUAAAAUGUAAUACUGUGGCAAGGUGCUUUUAACUUCAUGCUUAGAUUAACUUUUUUGUCUUUUUAAAGUUUCUUCAAUUUAUGAUUAAGUGCCAAUUGUGGGAGGGAGAAGAGGGGAAACAAAAUCAACCUCGUGUUGCAUAACUGAAGUGAACAUUAUGAUGAAAGUAAAGAUUCUUAUUACCACUGCGACUAAGAACCAUGUUUAUAAAUACUGCACAUUUUGUGAAGCCUGUUUAUAAAACUGUUGAACCAAAACCUUUUAAAACCAAGGAAUAAAUGUGAUUGUUGAAACCGUGAAA